UGUAGGUUGUUUUUCCAGUUCUCCUGAGAGGUAACUUAACAUGGUUCGCAUGAAUUCAGGAUUUUGUUUUAAAGUCUGAUGGUGUUGUGUAUGGUUAGCAGUACAUCAUAAAGUCUUUCCCAAGAAGGAAAGCUGAGCAGAGAGAUCAGAAAAAAUGCUGAAGUGGACAGAUCUUGUGAGUGUUUUUCAGAUACAUUCCUGGUUGUUAGGAACACAAGAAUGACCCUUCAGACCAGUAAGGCAGAUGGAUGUAUUUUACAUUUGAACAUGAAGUGUACUGAAGACAAGUGAGGUGGCUGGACUUGGAAAGCAGACUUCUGAGUCUGGGAACAUUAAGACUUAGCUGAGCACUUUAAGGAACAAUUAUCCACACCAUGGGCAAGGACAUUAGGAGGCGACUUUAACAGUUACAGAUGGUGCAACUUCCAAAACAUUCCUGAAAUACAAAACAUGAAGAAUAAUAUUUCAGUGUGACAGAGUUGUUAUACCUCUUUCUUCACCACAGUGUUCCCAUUCUACUGCACGUCUUCGGUGCUCACAUUGUGCAACAAAUAUUGGAACAACCAGUCCAUAAGAAGAAAAACUGUUUUUCAUAGCCGUAACUCUUUCUAAUGGAAGUAUUAAUUUUCAAAUACGUCCUUUUUGGAAGUUCUGUUGAGUGCAAUGGAGCACUGCAGACAGUGCUCAUUUUCCUUCUGAUUCCAUGUUGCCUGACUGUAGAUAGAAGGGCACCCCCGUUAUUUCCAGAUGUGCCUUUGCUCUGGGUCUGGAAUGCCCCAACUGAAUUGUGUGCAGGGCUGUCUAACCGGCCACUAAAUAUGAGCCUCUUCUCUAUAGUAGGAGCCCCCCGACAAAAUAUCACAGGGCAAAGUAUUACUCUGUAUUACGUUGAUAGACUUGGCUAUUAUCCUUACAUAGAUCAUCACACAAGCGCAAUUAAGUAUGGAGGACUCCCCCAGGUGAUGAACUUACAAACACAUUUGGACAAAGCUAAGCAAGACAUCUUAUUUUACAUGCCCACAGACAAGGUGGGCUUGGCUGUCAUUGACUGGGAAGAAUGGAGGCCCACUUGGGCAAGAAACUGGAAACCUAAGGAUAUUUAUAGGAAUAAGUCUAUUGAGUUGGUUAUGCAACAAAAUCCACAAUUUAAUCUCACAUAUGCCAGUGCUGUAGCCAAAGCAGAGUUUGAAAGGACAGGAAAAGAUUUCAUGCUAGAAACUUUAAAAUUGGGAAAAUCACUUCGGCCAAAUAGCUUGUGGGGUUAUUACCUUUUUCCUGAUUGCUACAACACUCAUUAUAAUAAACCCAAUUACAAUGGGCAUUGCCCUGAUAUAGAAAAGAGAAGAAAUGAUGAUCUCCACUGGUUGUGGAAUGAAAGCACUGCCCUUUUUCCAUCUAUUUAUUUGAACUCCCGCUUAAAGUCAUCUCCAAAUGCUGCACUCUAUGUCCGUAGUCGUGUACAUGAAUCCAUUAGGAUUUCAAAAAUCCCUAAUGCUAAAAAUCCACUUCCGAUUUUUGUAUAUAUCCGCCUGGUUUUUACUGAUGACACUACGACAUUCCUUGCUGUGGAUGACCUUGUGAAUACAAUUGGCGAAACUGUUUCUCUAGGUGUCUCUGGAAUGAUAAUAUGGGGAAGUCUUAGUUUAGCACGGAGUAUGCAAUCUUGCCUGCAACUAGAAAAUUACUUAAAGACUACACUGGAUCCUUAUAUAAUCAAUGUCACUCUAGCAGCCAAAAUGUGUAGCCAAGUGCUUUGUGGGGACCAAGGAAUUUGCACAAGAAAAGACUGGAAUUCGAGUACCUAUCUUCACCUAAAUGCAACAAGUUUUGAUAUUGAACUUGGACAAAAUGGGAAGUUUAUAAUACAUGGAAAACCCACACUUGAAGACCUGCAGGAAUUUUCCAAAAAUUUUCAUUGCAGCUGUUAUGCCAACUUGGUUUGUAAGGAUAGACUUGAUGUACAAACUGUCCGUGCUAUUAAUGUGUGUACUGUUGAUCGUGUUUGUAUAGAUACCACUUUAGACUUUCCAUCCAGUGAUGAUGAUGAUGAGGAGCCUCCCGGCACAGAAGAGACAACCACUGAAGAUGAAUACAGUUUCUGGGACCUCACAUCAUCGGCUACACUGUUUCCAAAUGUUCUUACAAAACAUUUCAGUUGGUGCCUCUUAAUUCUCUCUAUAUUUUUAGAGCACUGA